GGUGAGUUCGUUCCUUUAUCUCGAUUAUAUACCUAUAUUCAUUUGUUUCUUGCGUAAUUUUAGUACUUUUAUCGUAUUUUGUUCGUUCUUUAUCUUUCGACUCACAUUUCGAGAGUGGUAUCUGAGUCGUUUCACAGCGUAACCAUGCUUACUUUGCCUGUUCCAAUUUUCAUGGAACACAGUCCUGAAUUUUGGUUUAAGAUAUUCGAGAUCGAACUAGAAAAUAAGGGCAUAACGGCGGACCGUCCAAGGUACAAUCAGCUCGUCCCACGCCUUCCUCCGUCGGUAGUGACGCUGAUUGAGGACAUUCUACUCUGCCCAUCGAAUGAGGCAAAGUAUGAAGCGAUGAAGCAAGCGAUUUUGAAAGAGUUACGACCCAGCGCACGAACACGAUUUGAGCAGCUCAAUGGUCUCAAGCUUGGAGAUCGCAAGCCGUCGGCAUUGCUCCGCGAACUUCAGCGCAUCGCUGGUCCCUUAUUCUUGAGCGAAGAAGGGAUAAAGGAGCUGUGGUUUGCACGUCUCCCAGAGCCAUUGCCGGUAAUGCUGUCCAUGUUUAUAGAUGCACCCUUGAAAGACUUAGCUACCAAGGCAGACGCUGCGUACGAACGUUUUCCGCAGCAGACGACCAUUAACUCCGGUGACGUAUUCUCACCGAUGAAAGCCGAAUCCCAUGUUUGUUCCCAGUCGCUAGACCGAUCUGACUCUAAAGACGAGGAAAUUGCGCUACUUCGUAGCAGGAUAGCAGCAAUGAAGGCUUCAAAGCAGCGUGUGCCACGGUCAAAUGCUGACCACGUUUUGGCUACCGUUCAUUGCGGCUCGUCUGUACCUGCACCGAGUACGUCCUGUUCGGCACGAAAGUGCAACAUUUUCACUACAAGUUCUCAUUCAGAUAAUGUCAAGCCCGUCGAAGAAGUAUGUUGGUAUCACCGCCAAUACGGUGAAAGAGCUACAUGUUGUCGGGCUCCCUGCAUUAGGCACGACCCAGGGAAAACGAAUAGCCCGCAUACUAGCAUUACAAACGUAUCAUUCAAUAACCAAGCAAACCGACUGUUUUACGUUAAGGAUCGACGUUCUUCCAUCACGUUCCUCAUCGACACGGGAGCGGAAGUCAGCGUCAUUCCAGCGACCGCUAGCGACAAGCACUCGGAGCCUAGGUACAAUUUGCGUGCGGCCAACGGUUCUCCCAUAGCUUCAUUCGGUCAACGUAUGAUGAACCUAGACCUCAAUCUUCGCCGAGAUUUUCAGUGGGUCUUCAUGGUUGCGUCUGUACCCUUCGCAAUUAUCGGUAUCGACUUCCUCCGACAUUUUGGGUUGCUUGUUGAUGCUGGUCGCCACAGACUUUUAGACGACCGUACGAAACUAGGUGUUGAUGGUGUCCUUUCAGAUGCCCCGAUAAUCAGCCCUGUAUUUCGGAUCGCAGGCGCACCGUCCGACUACUUGAGCCUCCUCUCCGAAUACCCGCGACUGGUUCGACCGGCUGCAGAGCUUCCACCAGUCACGACAGAGGUCGCUCACCACAUAGUUACGCGCGGUCAACCAGUUAGCGCACGACCAAGACGGCUUGCUCCUGACAAACUACGGGCAGCACGAGCCGAAUUUGACCACAUGCUUCAACUUGGUAUCGUCAGACCGUCCAACAGCCCAUGGGCGUCGCCUCUGCACAUGGUCCCGAAGAAGGUUGUGGGGGACUGGCGUCCUUGCGGCGACUAUCGAUCCUUGAAUACGGUAACCACGCCUGAUCGCUAUCCGAUCCCACACAUAGUGGAUCUCACCGCCAUUCUGGCGGGUAAAAAUAUCUUCAGCAAAAUCGACUUGGUACGCGCAUACAACCAAAUUCCGGUAGCCGAAGCGGACAUCGCUAAAACUGCCGUGACGACUCCAUUUGGUUUGUUCGAGUUUCUGCGCAUGCCAUUUGGCCUAAAGAACGCCGCGCAAACUUUUCAGCGUUUCAUCGACCAAGUUUGUCGCGGUUUAGACUUCGCUUACGCGUAUCUUGACGACAUUUUAAUCGCCAGCUCUUCACGAGAAGAGCACAUACGCCACGUACGAACACUUUUUGAUCGUUUAUCUCAACAAGGGGUGACGAUCAACGCAGAAAAGUGUUCGUUUGGUGUCGAUGCAGUCAAUUUCCUGGGACAUCGUAUCUCUUCUGCAGGCGUCGUGCCACUGCAGGAUAAAAUUCAAGCCAUUAUCGACUACCCUGAGCCCCAUUCUUUCAAACAGCUCAGGCGUUUUGAUGGCCUUGUUAAAUUUUAUCGUCGAUUUAUACCCAACUGCGCCUCGCUGAUGCAACCCCUCACGGACCUUCUCCUAGGGAAACUCAAGAAAUUCGAAUUUCCUGCCUCAGCACGCGCUGCUUUUAAGUCGCUGAAAUAGGCUAUCGCCAACAUAACUUCUAUAGCGCAUCGCGAUCCGGCCGCCUCACUAUCCCUCAGUACUGACGCCUCGGACGUGGCAGUCGGCGCUGUUCUGCAGCAACGAGCUGCCGACACGUAAAUGAAUAAAUAAAUUGUGUAUUCUCGACUAAGUGAGGCACGCCUGCGCAGGCAUGAUCAUGUUAAGAGUACAAAAUGGGAUCAGUUAAUGUACAAUGGAACAAUGGGAUUGUUGCAUAUGUUUAUAUAUGAAUGUAUGUAAGUUUGCAUGUAGGCGUGUUUAGCUUUGUUUAUGGGAUUGGUAAAUGUUUCCUGUCAUUUUGCUUGAAUGUGUUUGAAGGUGUCGCCAGUGCUUGCUAUCUGUUGACUUGAAGAGAUUGUUCGGAUAAGCAGUGGGUGACUUUAGUUAGUGGCGAGUCACAACCGCCACGUCACAGUGUUGUUAAACGGACAUAUGUGGCUUUUUAUAGGGAGAACGCUUGCCAGGCGAAAACCCACCACGUCCUGGAACACUGCCGCCGAACUAUUUGCUGAAAGGGGGUAAACCCGAAUCACCCAGCUGGCACCACGAGGAGGUUGUUCGGCUAGCCAGCCC